AGGCGGAGUAGGGCGGGACUUUGCGUCCUUCAGCAGCAGCAGCAGGAAGGAAAGAUGGCGGCCGCAGCAGUGAGGAGUAUCGGCUCCAGUUUGGGGAAAAACCUCCGAGAGAUCCGCGUUCACCUCUGCCAGACCUCCGCAGCCAGCAAGGGGGCCAGAGACUUUGUGGAGCAGCACUACGUGGCUCUGAAGCAGUCCAACCCCGACUUCCCCAUCCUGAUCCGAGAGUGUUCUGGAGUCCAGGCCCGACUGUGGGCGCGAUACGACUUCGGGAAGGAGAGCAGCGUCUCUGUGGAGAACAUGUCAGCUGAUCAGGUGGCCAAAAGUCUGCAGACGCUGGUUCAGUCCAAACCGUAACACCCCCCACCGCUGAAUGGUUCAGUCCAGCAUCGACUCACCUGUCUGUAAAUGUGUUGAUAUGAAUAAACAUGAAUAUUAUUAAUGUC